UUGGACAUGGAACAAAGAAGGCGCAAGCCAACGUGGACAGUGAGACGCACAGUGGGGUGCGUGUUUGCGGUGCUGUUGUGGAGCGCAGCCGCGGCGCAGUUGAGAUAUUCAAUUCCCGAGGAAGUUAACGAGGGGACUGUGGUUGGAAACAUAGCAAAAGAUCUGGGAUUGGAUAAAAUCUCCCUGGAAGACAGGAAGUAUCGGAUCGUUACGAGUGCUGCCGAUCCUCUGUUUUACGUGAAUACAAACGAUGGGAUAUUGUACGUGAACCGAAAGAUUGACAGGGAAGAGAUAUGCGAGAGAACAACCACUUGUACUAUCAACCUGAAAACCGUGCUGGAAAACCCUCUGGAGAUCCAUUAUGUCGGCGUGGAGGUGCGAGACAUAAAUGACCAUUCCCCGUCCUUUCCAGAGAAAGAAGCAACAUUGGAGAUUUCCGAGUCCGUGUUGCCCGGAGCUCGUAUUCCGCUGCAACCUGCACGUGAUCCAGACAGUGGUCCUUACUCUGUUCAUCAGUAUAAACUUAGUGCAAAUGAGCAUUUUAGGAUAGAAGUUAAAGAUUCGGGAGAGGAUGGUAAAAUACCUGUGUUGAUUGUUCAAAAACCUUUAGACAGAGAAAUUUUGCAACAACACAAAUUAGUGUUGACUGCAGUGGAUGGAGGCAAACCUCAGAAAUCUGGCAACAUAAAUAUUCUGGUAAACGUUCUGGAUAUAAACGAUAAUGCUCCUGUCUUCUCGAAAGAUGUGUACUCUGUGACGCUUGAUGAAAAUACACCUAUAGGUACAACAGUAAUACAGGUGAAUGCAACUGAUUUAGAUGAUGGACCCAAUGGAGAGGUUGUCUAUUCUUUUAGCAACAGUGUAAAUCGUAAAUUUUUCAAACUUUUUGAAAUAACCCCCUUUACAGGUGAAAUAAGUGUAAAAAGCCUCAUAGACUUUGAAGAGAAGGAUAAAUAUGAAAUUGAAAUUCAAGCAUCAGAUAAAGGCCUUGCUCCACUAACAACUCAAAAAAAUGUGAUCAUUAAGAUAAUUGAUGUAAAUGAUAAUGCACCUGAGAUUGAAGUUACUUCAUUUUCCAGCUCAAUACCAGAAGAUUCCAGACCUGGAACUACAGUGGCUCUUAUCAGUGUUAGCGACUUAGACUCUGGGCCGAAUGGACAAGUUAUUUGCAGUUUAAAUGAGGACGUUCCAUUUAUUUUAUCACCAACGUCACAAGAAAAAAUGUAUUCCCUCGUCACCAAAUUGCCUCUGGACCGAGAAAAACUACCAAACUAUAAAAUAACAGUUGUUGCAAAAGAUGCAGGUCAACCUUCACUGUCAUCUGAAAAAACGAUUAAUGUUAUAGUGUCAGACGUGAAUGACAACAGUCCAGAGUUUUCACUGAGUCCAUACACCUUCUAUGUCACAGAAGGUAACAAUCCAGGAGCUUCUGUGUUUUCAGUGACAGCUUUAGAUCAUGAUGAGAAUGACAAUGCUCAAAUAUCUUACUUGAUUGCCAGAGAUGGAGGCGAAGAAAAAAAAGUGACUACAUUUUUAAACAUAAACUCUGAAAAUGGAGAAAUUGUGGCACUGAAAAGUUUCGACUUUGAAACCCUGAAAACUUUCCAGUUCCAAGUUGUGGCCACAGAUUCUGGAACUCCGCCACUCAGCAACAACGUGACAGUCAACGUGUUCAUUCUGGAUCAGAACGACAACGCUCCAGUCAUACUCUAUCCACUCAGCUCCAACGGCUCUGCUGAAGGUGUGGAGGAGAUUCCCCGCAACGUCAACGCAGGACACCUGGUGACUAAAGUCAGAGCCUAUGACGCUGAUAUAGGAUAUAACGGCUGGCUGUUGUUCUCACUGCAGGAAGUUACUGACCACAGUCUCUUUGGUUUGGACCGCUACACAGGACAGAUCAGGACACUUCGUUCAUUCACAGAGACAGACGAGGCUGAACAUAAACUGGUCAUACUGGUCAAAGACAAUGGAAAUGUUUCACUGUCAGCAACAGCCACUGUGAUUGUCAAACUUGUGGAGCCCAAAGAGGCCUUUGCAGCUUCUGAUGUGAAAAGUGCAGCAAAAGUGGAGGAGGAGGACAAUGUUACAUUUUACCUGAUGAUAACUCUGGGAGCUGUGUCUGUACUUUUUCUGGUCAGCAUCAUCAUGCUGAUUGCAAUGCAGUGCUCCAAAUCCACUGACUACACAUCUAAAUAUCUACAAGAGACUAAUUAUGAUGGAACACUGUGUCACAGCAUCCAGUACAGAUCUGGAGAUAAACGAUACAUGUUGGUUGGACCCAGAAUGAGUAUUGGAUCUACUAUAGUUCCUGGCAGCCAUGCAAAUACUCUAGUGUUACCUGACAGGAGACGUGCUUCUGAAGAGGUAAGAUAUAUCAGUUAA